AUGGCGUCGGCUUCAUCUCUUCGAUCCACCUUCACUCCUCCGCCCUUCAUCUCCUUCAACCCCCGGCCCCAAUCCUUACCACAAUCCAUCGCCGCCUUCGCUCCAGUCCGCUGCGGCCCGCGCUCCAACCGCGGCCCGCUCAUGAAAGGCAGAAUCCUAAGCACCGAAGCAAUCCACGCCGUCCAAUCCCUCAAACGCGCUUACCGGACCUCCGAGCAGCCCAAACUCCCGAACCUCUCCCGCCUGUUAAAGCCCGACCUCGUCGCCGUCCUCCGGGAGCUGCUGCGGCAGGACCUCUGCCACAUCGCCCUCAGCGUCUUCUCCACGUUGCGGCUGGAGUUCCCGGACCAGAAGGCGGAUCUGAACCUCUACGGCGACGCUAUCUUCGCGCUGCUGAGGAACGGGAUGGUGGACGAGAUCGACGGGCUCGUCGGGGAGCUGGAGGCGGCGGCGGCGGAAGGGAAGGUGGACUGGGAGGGCGAUAAGGGGGCGGUGAGAGUGGUGAAGGGCGUGGUGGAGGCCGGGAGGAAGGAGUCGACGGUCAAGAUUGUGGGGAUGCUGAGGCGGAGCGGGUGUGGGGACACGUGGACGGCAGAUGAGUACGCCGUAAAUUUUCUUUGUAAAGGGCUUAGAAAUGGUGGGGAAGAGGGAUUGGCUGCGGAGGUAGAGAAGGAAUUUGGGAGGAUAAUUUGUGGGAGUGUAAUGCCGUGA